UCGAGAUAUAUGUACUAAGCCAAAGUUAUUUUUAUAAAUUGUCUAUUUAUAUCGGAAGAAAUUUAUUCAAAGAACAAUGGACGAUAUAAUUUUUAUCGGUGAUUGGAUAAAAGAUAGAGUCUUGGGAUCCGGAAGUUUUGGUACUGUUGUACUGUGGAAACACAAAAACAAUGACGAAAAAUUGGCUAUCAAAACUUGUAAAUGGGGCGAUGAGCUCACCGCAAAACACAGAGAAAGAUGGACUAAGGAAGUGGAGAUGCUGCAGACAUGUAAUCACCCAAAUAUAGUUGGUACUAUAACAUUACCUGCAGAAUUUGUAAGUGGCUUGGCACCCAUGAAUCCUUCGAAAUUACCUAUACUAUGUAUGGAAUAUUGUAGCGGCGGGGAUUUACGUCAACAGUUAAACAAACCUGAUGCAUCUUGCGGUUUGAAAGAGGUAAAAGUUCGUAAAAUACUCAGUGAUGUUGGAAGUGCCAUGCAGUUUUUACAUAAUAAUAAGAUAACACAUCGAGAUUUGAAGCCCGAAAAUAUAGUUUUACAUGUGCCCAAUGGAAUAAGUGAACCAAGUGAAGAUAAAAUUGCAUACAAAAUUAUAGAUUUAGGUUACGCUAAGGAAAUUGAUUCAAACUCAAUAUGUGCUAGUUUUGUUGGGACUUUACAGUAUCUGGCACCUGAGAUUUUUUACAGUAAAACAUAUAGUAACUCAGUGGACUUCUGGUCUCUAGGAUUACUUGCAUUUGAAAUAAUUUGUGGUACAAGACCAUUCCUACCUUUCAAAGCACCUGUGGAGUGGAUGCCAUUUGUUAAGAAGAAAACGCAUGAUAAUAUAUGUGUGUAUGAAACUUUUCAUGGAGAUAUUGAAUAUUCCAAUGAGAUAUUUCCAGAGAAUCAUGUGUCUAAGCCGUUUAAGUCUUUAAUUGAAAAUUGGCUAAGGGUUGCAUUGGAAUGGGACCCUAAAUUGAGAGGAAGAGAUGCUCCGUCCAAAGUUACUUUCAAUAUACCUUCAGAAAACAAAGAUGCAGCUUCAGCAAGUAAAAUAGUUAUUUUUGAAAUGUUACAGAGUACUCUUGCAAAAAAGAUUAUCAAAAUAUUCUCUCUUUCUAAGAUAUCACAACUGGCUUACGAAAUUGAUUCCACAAUGACAAUAAAUACUCUUAAAGAAUGGAUUUUCAAAGAAACAAACAUUCCAAUAGAAGAUCAAAUGUUAAUAUCGCCAUCAAAUUGUAUGGAUAUUGAGAAUAAUGAACCAGUUAUGAAGUAUUGGAAUGAAAACAGUGCUGUUAUGCUAUUCUUGUAUAAUAAGAAGCAUAUGAUUGAAGAAAAUACUUCACCUGUAGUGCCUAAAGCAGUACAGAGGUGUUUAGAACUCCCAAAAGCCCUGUACAAUUAUAAGAACAGUCAAACACUGUAUCGUAAUGCAUUCUACUUUGUUGUCGCUCAAAUGGAUAUAUAUGACUUCCUUAUCAAUGCUCUUUUUACAAGAGGUGAAUCUUUAAAACAAGAAAGUAGGCAACUACUCCUAAACCACAAUAAUGUUGAUAAAAAAUUAGGAAAGCUAUUGGCCAAAAUUGAAACUAUUAAAACUAUGGUUGAGAUAGGGGAGAAACAUAUUGAGGAAUUGAAAGAAAAUGGUACGGGUACAAACAUUUUGGGUGGUUUCACAAAAACAUUUAAGGAUGCACAUGAUUUAACAGAUAAAAUUGAAAAGUUAGUGAGCGCUUGGUCUUUGUUAUCGGUAAGGCUCCAGUCGGCAGCCAGGCGCAGCAAUGAAGGCAUAACAACUGACUUGAACAACUUUGUUGCCAAAUACAACUACCAAGCCAUUUUCUCAAAUGCCUACAAAACAUUUAUAGCACACAAAAAGAGUGAUUUCUACAAUGCAAAUAGAGAGAAAGAAAGGCAGUGCCCAGAUAUUGUCAGGGUAUGUUACGAUUGUCUUAAACUGAGAAGCAAAAUUCUACAAGAACUACAAAAUCAACAAUUUAUAUUGAAACUCAAGGAUUUGAGCCUUGAGUUUUCAAAGAUAUCUGAUAUUAUCUGUAAAGCUGAUGAAAACACGGAUAGAUUAAGCACAGAUUUGGAGAACUUUACAGGGGAAUUCACGACUUGUAUUUGGUCGACGAUUAGUGUUGUUGUAAGGGAUGUUGACAAUAUAGCAGAUCUACCAUAUAGUGUUGUAUCCUACCAGAAGAGGGAUUUUAAAAUUGGCGAACCUGUAACUAACCAUUUCUUAACAGGGAAUCAUGACAAUGUCGAUGAAAUCAAAUCACUUGUAACUGAAAGUUUGAAGUUAAGACAAAAUCAGAUGGAAUUGUGUGAAAAAUUAAAUUCACAGAAAAAUAUGUUGCUACAAAAUUCAGUAUUUGAUUUUAGUUUUUUGAAUGGAAACUAGAUAUUCAGAUUCUAUCUGUUUACUGAGGCUUAUAUUAUUACUUAAUUAUUAGCGUUAAGAAAACUUUUAUUGGAUAUGAUUUAUGUGUGUGUGUUCAUAUUGUAAGUACACAUAUUAAAAUUGAUAGCCAAAGAGCAUUUAAAAAUGUUGUAUUUUAUAAAGGAACACGACAAAUUAUUAUUAUUACUUGUUGGGCAUUAAUAAAAAUAGUUUUGUAGGUAGUAAUGAACUCAAGUUGACUAGGCUUAACUUCAGUGUUCCAAUGUGCCUUAAAGUUGUUUUAAAUACAUAUUUAGUUAUUUGUCAAUUAAAAUUUUUUCAAGUACUGGUGCUAAACUACUAAAUUUAUACUUUGUGUUCUAGUCAAUUACUAAAUUUUUUAAGAGUUUAUAUUUGUUUAACGAAA